UCCCGGCUUCUCUGCUGCUCCUAUUAGCACUCUUCACAGCAAAUCUUCGCAUCACAGGUGGCCAAAUAGGUGUUUGCUAUGGCAUGCUGGGCAAUAAUCUGCCAUCUGCUCGGGAGGUUGUGGAUUUUUACAAAGCCAACAACGUUAAGCGAAUGAGACUGCACGAUCCCAACCAAGAAGCUCUUGAAGCUCUCAGAGACUCCGGCAUCGACCUCAUGCUCGGCGUCCCAAACACCGACCUUCACCGGCUCGCCACCAGUGCCGACGAUGCCCGUCAAUGGGUUGAAAACAGCGUUUCCAAAUUCUACCCCUCCGUCAAUAUCAAAUACAUCGCCGUCGGCAAUGAAGUAAACGCCGUCGACGGAGCCAACAGGCAGUACGCCCCGCACGUCCUUCCGACGAUCCAAAAUGUGUACCGAGUCAUACGUGCGAGAGGCCUUCAUGAGAUCAAAGUCUCAACCUCCAUUGACAUGACCUCCAUAAGAAACUCGUAUCCUCCAUCUCAGGGUAGCUUCCGAGACGACGUCAGAUCAUACUUCGAUCCUAUCAUAGGCUACUUGGUGCUCGCAAAAGCGCCCUUAUUCGCCAACCUUUACUUCGCCUAUAGUAGGAGCCGGCCUGGCGACAUACCUCUGAAUUACGCUUCGUUCACUGAACCAAGUAUGCUGGUUCAGGAUGGUUCGAGAGGGUACCGGAAUCUGUUUGAUGCCAUGUUGGAGUCGUUGCAUGCAGCUUUGGAUGGUACGAGUAUUGGGCCGGUGAAAGUGGUUGUGUCGGAGAGUGGGUGGCCUUCCGCUGGUGCGGAACAUGCCACUGAGGAUAAUGCCAGGACUUACCUGCAGAACUUGAUUCCUCAUGUUAACAGAGGUACUCCUAUGAGGCCUGAACCUGUGGAGACGUAUCUUUUCGCUAUGUUCGAUGAGAAUAAGAAGGUGGGACAAGAGACGGAGAGACAUUUUGGGCUCUUCUAUCCCAACAAACAGAACAAGUAACCCUUUGU